AUGCCCCCAGCGCAGCCCUAAAAGGACAAAAGACAAAAUAAAAAAUAAAAAAUAAAAAGGACUUAGACUGGCCACCAAAAUUGCCAACAAUAAUUUCCCCGCCUGCCACCCCCAUAUAGAGAAUAGUAAGGCCUCUCUAAAUCUGUGUCCUCAUCCAUAAUAUAGGGUUAAAUAUAGUGCCUCCUUGCUUGAAGGUAGUUCAAUUAAAUGAAAUAGAUGCAUGUAAUGAUUGCCCUCCUGAAGAAAAACAAAAAAACCCCAAAUCCUCAAACUUCACUACACCAAGAAACUCAGCCCAUGCCUCAUGACCUUUCCAAGCAAGGACUUUCAGAGAGCCCAAGCCUCAACAGGAUGCCGCCCAUGUGAAUGGCCAGAUUUGGGCUCAGGGAAAGUGUUCUGAGACUCCACCCUGGGAGACAUUUGAUGUGGAAGAUGAGGAACGAGGUCCUGGGGAGAACAAAAGCAACAGAGGAGGUUUUACACGCUCACCCUCAUUUUUCAUGUCUUAUUAAUAGGUCCCGGCGGGGAGGCAAGCGCACAGGCACCUUUGGUAGGAAGUGAGGCCGGAAACGCUGGUUCGCUCAAGCGUGUUACUUGUAUGUGGAGAGCAGGGGGCGUGGCGCCGAAAAGGCUUAAGAGACCAUGGCCGAAAGUCCUUCCGAACCCCUUUCCCACCCAACUCAGGAAGCGCUUGGAGUCCGGGGAGCAUUUUUGUCCGUGUGACUAACGACUGCUUGACUUCGAGCCGGCCUCAAGACCCAAGGCGGGAAUGAGGGUGCGCGCGCAGUCCCCUCCGCGGCAGGAGUGCACGUGUUCAGGCCGCACCACCAGACCAAAAGGCACAGGGGUGCCCACAAUUCCUUAUUUUCCUUAUAGAGAUCACAUUUGCGACGACCAACCUUUAUCUCUUGUUUUCACAUUAUUUUAUGCGGUAGCCAUCACCUUGAGUCAAAUAUACGCUCUCUGCCAGGCGGGAUACAGGUUUUCCUACUCUCAUCUUCCCCACAAUCCCCUCCUGUCGUUCUAGCUUCCUUCCCGCCCCCCCCAGUCUCAGCCAACCCUCGCUAAGCUUCUGCGUAGACGUCACGAGUUUCUAGGCAGAUCAUGAAAAUCCUCGCGGCCGGGAGCGUCUUCGUGCGCCCUCGCCCGGCAGUGCCUACCUAACGGUCUGAACGCGUGGCUGGCGCCUGAGAGCGAAGCGCGCGAGGCCGCCCAGCGACCGAAGCGGCUGGAGCAUCGAGGAGUGGUCCUCAGUGAGAAUUUAGCUUUUGGCCCUUCUCAUAAGGAUGGAAGUGCUACUGUUUGGUGUCUGGGGCCUGCUGGCCUUGAUCCCUUGCCCAGAGGCCGCAGAAGAGCUAUUUGAGGUUUCUGUUUGGCCAGAUCAGGCCUUUGUAAAGUAUGGACAGUCCCUGAUGGUCAACUGUAGCACCACUUGCCCAGAUCCAGGACCCGGUGGAAUUGAGACCUUAUUGAAGAGAACCCAGGUGGGCAAAGGGCCUCAGUGGAAGGAGUUUCUCCUGGAAGAUGUCACACAGAAUUCCAUCGUGCAGUGCUUCUUCUCUUGCACAGGAAUCCAAAAGGACAUAAGCCUUGGCAUCACUGUGUAUCAGCCACCAGAGCAGGUAAUCAUGGAGCUGCAGCCUGCAUGGGUGGCCGUGGAUGAAGCCUUUAUAGUGACAUGCCAUGUGCCCAGUGUCACACCUCUGGAGGGCCUCACCCUUACACUUCUCCAGAAUGACCAAGAACUACAUAAAAAGAACUUUAGGAGCUUAUCUGCGGCCUCUCAAAGAGCUGAGAUCACCAUCAAUGUCAAAGCCCAAAUGGAGGAUGACAGGUGCAAUUUCUCCUGCCGCGCCGAGCUGGACCUGAGUUCACGUGGUGGAGGGCUUUUUCGCAAUAGCUCAGCAAUCAAGGUACUCCGAAUCUUUGAAUUCUCUCAGAGCCCCCAAAUCUGGGUGUCUUCACUUUUGGAGGUUGGGAUGGCAGAGACUGUGAGCUGUGAGGUGGCUAGGGUGUUCCCAGCCGAAGAGGUGGUGGUCCACAUGUUCCUGGGCGACCAGCAGCUGGACCCCUUCCUCUCCUGGGAGGGAGACACAGUAUGGGCCAAUGCCACCGUUCGGGCCACGGAGACCGGUGAUCAGGAGGUGUCUUGCCUUGUAUCUCUGGGUCCAGUGGAGCAGAAAACAAGAGAGCCAGUGCAUGUCUAUAGCUUCCCUCCCCCAGUCCUGGAGAUAGAAGAAUUAUACCCGUUGGCAGGGACAGAAAUUAACAUAACCUGCUCAGGGCAUGUAUUAACAUUCCCCAGCCCUACUCUUCGGCUCCAGGGAGCCCCAGAUCUCCCGCUCCCUGGGGAGCCUGCCUGGCUUUUACUUACCACCAGGGAGGAAGAUGAUGGCCGAAAUUUCUCCUGUGAGGCCUCUGUAGAGGUUCAGGGUCAGCGGUUGAGCAAAAGCACUGUGAUCCAGCUCCAUGUCUUAUACAAGCCACGAUUAGAGGAAUCUGGUUGUCCUGGCAACCAGACCUGGUUGGAAGGGAUGGAGCAAAGGCUCACCUGUGUCCCAAAGGGAAACCCGACGCCAGUCUUGAUGUGUACCUGGAAUGGAACGAUCUUUGACCUUGAAGUGCCCGAGAAGGCGACUCAGAACCACUCUAGGACCUACUGCUGCACAGCCACUAACCAGCUAGGCUCUGUCAGCAAAGACAUUGUGGUCAUUGUUCAAGGACUGGAUGAAGGAGUCGGUUCCAGCAUCUUCAUCAUCAUUAUUGUCGCCCUUGGAGGGGGUUUGAUCAUCAUAGCCCUGUACUUGAACUAUCGGCCCUGCAAAAUAGAGGAGGAAAUUGCCCUAUAGGCAGAAGGAGAAGAACAAAGAGGAGGCAAGCCAGUUUGCUGUUCAACAAGCAGAAAAGUACAGUGCACAUAAUUGUUACGUAGAACCUGAUAUUUGGUUGACGGCCACCUCUACUCCUGGGGUUUCCUCAGGGAGGGAAGAGGGGGUAGAGGAGAAAGGAAGAGACAGUCCUUUGUGUUCUGUGGUCCCCUAAAGCAGUGUUUCAGGCCUUCAUGUCCUCUGUAACCAAUGCACCCACAAGGUCAGCUCCUCUGAGUAGGAAGUUCAGUCUCAAUGUUCAGCCAGUGAGAGGGCCUUUUGCUCCUUGCCGCAUGCUCACUCAGUCCACUCUAAGGGGCAGAAAAGAAGACCCUCCCUGCGCCUCCUCAUCCCAGGUCCCACUGCCCUUUGCUCCCAAACGUCAGACUGAAGGCAUAGAAAUAUCUCUGAAGUACAACUCGUUUCUCAUGGUUUUCUCAUGACUACGUGGGAACCAAUUUCUUAGUCCAGAGACAGGACUUUGAAGGGAGUCAGUACCCUACAAAGGGCUAGGAAUCAGAGCCCCAUUCCUCCCUACACACCCCCCUGCUCCCUAACCGGGGGUUCUGGAAUGCCGGCUCCCAGAGCUGAGUGUGAUGACAUCAUUAAGGCUCAGUGUCUAGCUAGGCUUCAAUUCACUAACCAUCUCUGUGUGCCUUAAGAGGAGUAUGAAAAUCAUAAAAACCCACACUAGGUCAGACAAGCAGCUUUCUCAGCCCAGUGUUCUGUCCCUGAAGUGGAAGGUUAGAGUGUUCCCGUGAAAUCAGGCUCCAGACAUCUCUGAAUUCCUUUUCGUAAUCCAUUAUAGAGUAAAUAAAUGUGAGUUCAUGUUAAACAUACUGUUUUUUUUAACCUGUACUAGUUCUCAGGGUAGAGUUCAGUGUUUUUUUCUCCCUUUCCAUAAAGAACUAUACAUUUUCAUAUGUCUGCAAACGAUUUCCUUUAAGCUUCAGGAGGACUCUUUCUAUGGCGUGUUCACUGUGUGAUUGAGCUUCCUUCCUCUGUUCUUUGUAAAGAUUAUAUUCACUUCCUAGAGGAGACAUGAGGAAUUGUAAAACCAGGUGUUUUCUCCCAAAUCAGUCAAGUAUAGGUCACUGAAAUGUUGGAUAUGAUAAAAAUAAAAGUGAUUUUAUGAUAUCUGAAA